AUGGAACUCGCCCUCAUCCCUCACCUGCUUUUGCCAGUGAUGUUCCUGACAGGUCUGUGCUCCCCCUUUAAUCUGGAUGUGCAUCGCCCACGCCUAUUCCCAGGGCCACCUGAGGCUGAAUUCGGAUAUAGCGUCUUACAACAUGUCGGGGGUGGACGUCGAUGGAUGCUGGUGGGUGCCCCCUGGGAUGGGCCUUCAGGUGACAGAAGGGGUGAUGUUUAUCACUGCCCUGUAGGAGGUUCCCACAGUGCUCCAUGUGCCAAAGGCCACUUGGGUGACUAUCCACUGGGAAAUUCAUCUCAUCCUGCUAUGAAUAUGCACCUGGGAAUGUCUCUACUAGAGACAGACAAUGAUGGGGGAUUCAUGGCUUGUGCCCCUCUCUGGUCCCGUGCUUGUGGCUCCUCUGUCUUCAGUUCUGGGAUAUGUGCCUGUGUAGAUGCUUCAUUCCGGCCCCAGGGAAGCCUGGCACCCACCGCACAACGCUGUCCCACCUACAUGGAUGUUGUCAUCGUCUUGGAUGGCUCCAACAGCAUCUACCCCUGGUCUGAAGUUCAGACUUUCCUGCGAAGACUGGUAGGGAGACUGUUUAUUGACCCAGAGCAGAUACAGGUGGGUCUUGUACAAUAUGGGGAGAGCCCUGUGCAUGAGUGGUCCCUGGGAGAUUUCCGAACCAAGGAAGAAGUGGUGAGGGCAGCGAGGAACCUGAGUCGACGAGAGGGACGAGAAACAAAGACUGCCCAAGCAAUCCUGGUGGCCUGCACAGAAGGGUUCAGUCCGUCCCGUGGGGGUCGACCAGAGGCUGCCCGGCUGCUGGUGGUUGUCACCGAUGGAGAAUCGCAUGAUGGGGAGGAGCUUCCUACAGCACUAAAGGCCUGUGAGGCUAGAAGAGUGACCCGCUAUGGGAUCGCGGUCCUUGGCCACUACCUCCGGAGACAGCGAGACCCCACCUCUUUCCUGCAGGAAAUCAGGACGAUCGCCAGUGACCCAGAUGAGAGAUUCUUCUUCAAUGUCACCGAUGAAGCUGCACUGACUGACAUUGUAGAUGCACUGGGAGACCGGAUUUUUGGCCUUGAGGGGUCCCGUGGAGAAAAUGAAAGCUCUUUUGGCCUGGAAAUGUCUCAGAUUGGUUUCUCUACUCAUCGGCUAAAGGAUGGGAUUCUCUUUGGAAUGGUGGGGGCCUAUGACUGGGGGGGCUCCGUGUUAUGGCUUGAAGACGGUCACCGCCUUUUUCCCCCACGGACAGCCCUGGAAGAUGAGUUCCCCCCUGCUUUGCAAAACCACGCAGCCUACUUGGGUUACUCUGUUUCCUCCAUGCUUUUGCGGGGUGGACGCCGCCUCUUUCUCUCAGGGGCUCCUCGGUUUAGACAUAGAGGAAAGGUCAUCGCCUUCCAGCUUAAGAAAGAUGGGGCUGUGAGGGUUGCCCAGAGCCUGCAGGGGGAGCAGAUUGGCUCCUACUUUGGCAGUGAGCUCUGCCCAUUGGAUACGGAUGGGGAUGGAACAACCGAUGUCUUACUUGUGGGUGCCCCCAUGUUCCUGGGACCCCAGAACAAGGAAACAGGACGUGUUUAUGUGUAUCUGGUGGGUCAGCAGUCCUUGCUAACACUCCAGGGAACGCUUCAGCCAGAACCCCCCCAGGAUGCUCGGUUUGGCUUUGCCAUGGGUGCCCUUCCUGAUUUGAACCAAGAUGGUUUUGCUGAUGUGGCUGUGGGGGCGCCCCUGGAGGAUGGGCAUCAUGGAGCACUGUACCUGUAUCAUGGCACCCAGAGUGGGCUUAGGCCCCGGCCCGCCCAGAGGAUUGCUGCCAUCUCCAUGCCACAGACCCUCAGCUACUUUGGCCGCAGUGUGGAUGGCCGGCUGGAUCUGGAUGGAGAUGACCUGGUAGAUGUGGCUGUGGGGGCGCAGGGGGCAGCCGUCCUGCUCAGCUCCCGGCCCAUCGUCCACCUGGCCCCCUCCCUGGAGGUGACCCCGCCAGCCAUCAGUGUGGUUCAGAAGGACUGCAGCCGGCGAGGCCAGGAGGCAGCCUGCCUAUCUGCAGCCCUUUGUUUCCAAGUGACCUCGCGCACUCCCGGCCGCUGGGAUCACCGAUUCUAUCUGCGCUUUACAGCAUCCCUGGAUGAGUGGACAGCAGGGGCACGCGCCGUGUUUGACGGCUCUGGCCAGAGGCUGUCCCCACGGCGGCUCCGGCUCAGUGUGGGAAAUGUCACUUGUGAGCAGCUGCGCUUCCACGUGCUGGAUACCUCCGAUUACCUCCGGCCACUGGCCUUGACUGUGACCUUUGCAUUGGACAACACCACAAAGCCGGGGCCUGUGCUGGAUGAGGGCUCACCCACCUCCAUAAGAAAGCUGGUCCCCUUCUCAAAGGACUGUGGCCCUGACAAUGAAUGUGUCACAGACCUGGUGCUUCGGGCUAGUAUGGACAUCAAAGGCUCCAGGAAGGACCCAUUCGUGGUUCGAGGGGAUCGGCAGAAAGUGCUGGUGUCAGCAACCCUGGAGAACAGGAAGGAAAAUGCCUACAACACUAGCCUGAGUCUCAGCUUCUCUAGAAACCUCCACCUGGCCAGUUUCAUGCCUCAGAGGGACAGCCCAGUGAAGGUGGAAUGCACCACCCCUUCUCCCCAUGUCCGGCUCUGCAGUGUGGGGCACCCUGUCUUUCGGACUGGAGCCAAGGUGACCUUCCUGCUGGAGUUUGAGUUUAGCUGCUCUUCCCUCCUGAGCCAGGUCCUUGUGAGGCUGACUGCCACCAGCAAUAGCCUGGAGAGAAAUGGGACCCUUCAAGAUAACACAGCCCAGACCUCAGCCCACGUUCAAUAUGAACCCCACCUUCUAUUCUCCAGUGAGUCCACUCUGCACCGCUAUGAGGUUCACCCAUACGGGACCCUCCUGGUGGGUCCCGAAUUCAAAACCACUCUUAGGGUUCAGAACCUUGGCUGCUAUGUGGUCAGUGGCCUGGUCAUCUCAGCCCUCCUUCCAGCUGUAGCCCAUGGGGGCAAUUACUUCCUGUCAUUGUCUCAAGUCAUCACAAACAAUGCAAGCUGCACGGUACAGAACCUGACCAAGCCCCCAAGGCCCACUGCGCACCCAGAGGAGUUUCAGCACACAAGCAGACUGAAUGGGACGAACACUCGCUGUCAGGUCGUGAGGUGCCAUCUUGGGCGACUGGCAAAGGGGACUGAGGUCUCUGUUGGACUACUGAGGCUGGUUCACAAUGAAUUUUUCCGGAGGGCCAAAUUCAAGUCUCUGACAGUGGUCAGCACCUUUGAGCUGGGAGCUAAGGAGGGCAGUGUCCUACAGCUGACAGAAGCCUCUCGUUGGAGUGAGAGCCUGCUGGAGGUGAUUCAGACGCGCCCUGUCCUCAUCUCCCUAUGGAUCCUCAUUGGCAGUGUCCUGGGAGGGCUGCUCCUGCUUGCUCUCCUUGUCUUCUGUCUUUGGAAGCUUGGCUUCUUUGCCCGAAAGAAAAUCCCAGAGGAAGAAAAAAGAGAAGAGAAGUUAGAGCAAUGAACGUAGAAUAAAGCCCUAGAAAGUCCUCUUGGCAGCUUCUCCAAAAGACUUGAGUGAGAGCUGAGGUUUGGGGGCUCAGCUGGACAAGAAGAGCCUCUAGACUGUCUCCCCAGACCUGCAGCCUGACUUGACUUUUGAGUCAUGAGGAUGCUGCUGGCAUGAGAUGAGGCCUUACCUCAGAAGACAAGGGCUGGCACCCAAAACAGAAACACUCUCCCCCUGUGCUUCCCUUCUCAGGAUCCCGCUGCCACAGUCAACCCUGAGGCCUUGGUUGGGUGCCCCUUUUUCCUUAUCCCCAGGAAUCAAUAAUUUUUUUGCCCAGGUUCCCUGGUAUCUUUUAGAUUCCCCCUACAAUCCUCCCUCACAUUUGGAAAGGGUGAGGGCAGAUCCUCCUCCAUUCCCUGCCUCUCACCUUCCUGUCUGCUCCCCACUCCACAGAAGGGAGCUGACGUUGGCUUCAAAAAGUAAAGUCAACAUCUGCUGCUUUCCUGUGGAGUCUGGUGAUUCAGAGAGCCGGAUGGGGAGAGUCAACAGGAAAAAAGGAGGGAGGAGGAAAAGCCACAAGAGACAUUCUGUACAAUUCCAAGGAACAGAGAAGUCUUUAGAUGGGCAACUGCCAUCCCCCUGAAACCUGAGACUUCAUGGUGCCCUGGCCCGCCCUCAGGUGCCUGUGAAAUGGAGCUGCCCCAGGCCUUCGGGGCAUGGGUUUCCCAACUCGAGGCCUUCCCUGGGAGCAAAGCCAGGGCAGGGCUCCUGAUUCUCCGGAGCCACGGGCCCCCAGGUGGCUAGAGCUGGAAUAGCAGAGAAGAGUCUUGUUGCUUUGGUCAUGGCCAGUGGAGAGAGUUGGAUACCCUGGGGGGUGUUUUCUCCUCUCUCGGGUCUCACACACUCAAGAGCCCUUCUUAGGGUCACCUUCUAGAAACCAGAGAGAAGGGAGAUGAUUUCCUCUUGAUGGUGGGAAACCCUUUCACCGGCUUCGGGAAGCAGCAGCUCCAUGGGGGUCUAAACACCCCAGAGACCCUAGUCACGUCUGCAUUGAUGGAGAAGCCAAAGUGGGUGGCAGGAGGUCUCUGGGGAGCAAGCCCUUAUCUGCUUAUCAUUGGUUGUGUGGCACAAAUAGCUCCUAGGAAAAUGUUUCUGGGGCCACUGAAGUCAUUCCUGGUAGGGCUUCUCUGGUGGAAUCAGUUUGCCAGCCCUUGCCUGAUAUUUACUGGAAAGUUCCAAUUUCCAUCUCUGGGUCACCUGGUGAGGUGGUUCUGACCAGUAGUAGAGCGAAUUAGAUUCUCCACCAAUGACUGAAUAACGUAUAUUUCUUUGUCAUCAAGACUUUGGAUACCAAAGUCUGUUAUUGGUCUCCAAGCUGUGGCUCUGAUGGCCAUUUGAAGAAUCUGCACCUGUUUUGUGCUGAGAGGAGAGGAGACCUGAUGGGCAGUUGACCAGCAGCCACAGAACUUGUUCUUCAGGGCUGUUCUUGUGGCCUGGGCACAAUGUUUAUCUUGGCACGUCUCUGGUCUUCUGCAUAGGACAUUGUCUCUGUUUCCUAGUAGUGUGGACAGCGUAUCAGAUGGUCAGAACAAAUAAAGUUCAGUGUCAAAUUA